GCGGCCCGGUGUCCCCUCUCACGGCCCCGUUUCCUCGCCCGGGGCGGCCCCGCCGGCCUCAUGUUCGCCCGCCACAGGCCCGAGGUGCAGCCGCCCCCAGCAGGCCUCCGCAGGGCUGCCUGUUUUCUGACGGAGGAUUUGUUACUGGUUUUGUUAGGGCUUUUUCCCCUUUCUCCUGCCUUUCAAGAGCGGGGACACAAGGCAAGACUCUUCGCGCUGGGCCCCUGGCCCCUGCUCUUCUCCCACCUUGCCUACCCCACCGCCUGUGUUGCUGCCAAAAUCCACCUCCCCUGUCAAGGGAGGAUUGGGCGGGAUUACUUAGUUCGGGAGGUAUUCUGGCCUUGAAGGACUUUUCUGUUUUGCCUUGCCCAGGCAAAUUAGCUCGCAGCGGGUGGGGACAAUACAUGCCUAAGGAUCUGGUCGGUAUGAGAAAUGACAUGGAAAAGGGGAUGAAUGCGUUCAACAUAAAUUGCAUAGUUUAAAUAUGUAUUGUGUAUGGCUUAGCUGAGUUAAUAUUGCUCUAGGACCUGAACUCUUGAAAACGUGAGAAUUAGAAGGCAACGUUAUAGUUGCAUUAAGAUAAAUACUUGCUGUUUAUAAGGAUUUGCUACCAUGUAAGAGUAAUGGGUGAUUCAUUACACCACAGAUAUGUAGCUGUUCCCCACCAGAUUCGCAGUUAAUAUACCUUAGGUAUAUCUCCAACUGCUGGAAUCUGAACUCCUGUUCUGUUGGGUUUAAGGAAAUAAGCAUCCCUGAUGGUCCUCCCCCUUUUCCCUAGAAACAUCUCUAAGCCCUUGAAGGCCUUGGGAAAAAUCUUUUUUAACCCUAUCUACCACCUUGUCAGUAUAAUUUGUCCUGGUAGUGUAAUGGUGCGUUACUGCGUUAUGCCAGACAAAGUAGUAACCUACUUCUUGUUCUGGAUUUAAUCUGUAUAAGAAAUGUUAUAUGCAGCGAAUACAUGGGGGUUGGAACAAGGACCAUGUUUGUCUUGGGAUGCCUUUCUUUGAGUUAUGCAAACUUCCUUUUAAUUGUCAUGCAUUUUUCUAGUAAAAGCUCUGCAAGUCUGCAAUAAAAAUGGCCUCCAAUAAAACUACGUUGGUAAGUUCAUGCACACCUAAAGUAUAUAAGGAUUUAAUCAACAUAUUUUUCUUCAAACCUAUAACUUGGCAUCUCCAUUUAAAAGAUACAUCCACAUCUCCCCUCCCCAGCAUUAUUCUGACCAAAAUUUCAGAUCCAGAAAGUAAGGCUACUAGAAAGGACGUUGGCUUUAACAAAUAUGCCACUUCUAAAGAGACUUGUUGGGAAAAAAGUAUGAAAGGAUUCUGUACUAUUUCAUUUGUCCUACAGUAGAAAUAAUAAGGAUUUUUUUUGGUUCCUUUCAGCACACCAUGUAAUUCAUCAUACAUGUAAAAAAUAAAAUUGGAAUCAUGUACUGAUUUAAUUUCUCCCAGUGUAUUUGGAGAAAACUAAUUGCCUGAGAAAAGACAGUCUUUACAGAUGAAAAGUAACAUUAUUGAGAAAUUAUGUGGCAUAGUUAAGAUGCCUUUUGAAAUGAUUUUUAACAAAUAACAGUUUCUUUGAAUUUCAUAGGAGCAGAGAUUAUCAGAUGUCAACCCUUCCUGGACCAUUUUAAUGAUGCAUUCAUGGAUCUCAAGUCCUGUAAAGCUUUGCUUGACAUUAAAAUAUGGACUUCUAAGGGCAGUUGGUUGCUGGUUACCAUUCAACUAAUAAUGAUACAUAGUUUUGUGAAAAACAACUGAAAAAGUAUAGUGUGAGAUACGUCUGAGUUUGAGGUGGGGAAGUAAGCAAAAAACAUACAUGCACAAUUUAAAGUUUGGAUAGCAGAACAACUGGUUUAUAACAUGCUCAAAAUUUAAUUGUUUUAUUUUUAAAAUAUUAAAGAACUUUAAAUUUAAAUUUAAUUUUUAAAUUUCAAUAAAUUUAAGAACAUUAAAUUUAAAUUUAAUGUUCUUAAAUUUAUUGAAAUGAUUACUAGUUCACUUAGCUCAAGAUGUAUUAAAUACUAGUAUUAACCCCUUGCUUAGAGGUGCAAUGGGGUGCUUUCUCUAUGUUGUAUGAUAACCUAUUUUAAAAGAUUUCACCAAGGUGAAUGUAUCAGCUUUCUGUUUAUUAUUGAUUGACCACUUAUCCCUAAUUUGAGGAAGAGAAGGAGUUAGCCAGCCUGGGGAGAGGGUGCCUCAGAGAGAGGAAACAUUUUUUGAAUGCAGAAUUUUUAAUCUUUUGAUGUUGUUAAGAAUUUGCUGCACAAGUCAAGAAAAUCAGUUAUGGUUCCCAUGGGAACCAUAACUAAUUCUGCUUCGUUAUGUAUUUGCAUGCAAAACCUAAAUGUAUUAGGGGAUAGGGUAGCCCUAGAGCUGUAAUUCUGAUUUUUUUUUUACCUUUUGUAUGUUAAAACCCUACACCACAGUGUCACAUCAGUGUUUUAACCUUGCCCCUAAAAGAAAGAGUGGUUGUCCAUAGCUCUGCAUCUGUCACAAGUGACUUCUGAAUGCAGAAAGGGAAACAAGCCAUAGACAAGCCUUCAGUGUCAAAUGCCCAAGUUACAGCUUAUAACAUGCAACCCUAGAGACGGGAAAUUCAGGGGCCUAGUGGACGUUUAGUACCCUUUAACUUCAGUCAGUAUCACAUUCGCUCGUGGGCUGAGAUUUGCAUGGGCAUGUAUAAUCUCAGAAUGUACAGCUUUUUUAACAUGUUCAGUAUUUCUGCAGGCUCUGCAAUCAAGUAUUAUUUUAAUAGGUUCAAGAGUUUGGAGAGCAGUGCUGAUGCAUGAGACCCAAUUAAAUCUUUAAUAUUUAAAAGAAAAGCAGCAUAGUCUUGAUUUUGUUAUUUCUUACUGGACUUCAAGAAAAAAAUACAGACCCCCAUGACAUUAAUUUUCUUCUGUGGAAGAGACUUAAGAUACUUAAGUCUUAGAAAGUAAAAAAAAAAAUUGUUGCUUUGAUACAGAAAUCCAAAACAUUGAUCUUUAAGUGACAAGAAUUAGUGAAGCCGAAAAGAGUACCAGAAAACAAUCUUCCAUUGAAUCAAAGAAUUUUAGUCCAACGGAGAAUACAGAUGGAGAUGUUCCCCACUUGUAGCCUGCUUGCCUCAUCACCAGUAAUUAUAAUAACGGGAAGAAACUGCAGUAAUGGAACGCUCCUAGCAUGUGUCCUGUUCAAUAGUUACGGGUUAUUGUUGAGUAUUUUGCUUAUUGUAGCAUUGUACCAUAAACUCCGCUGCCAUCGGUUUCUCCUUGUUUUUUUGGAACAGCACAAAAUGGGAAAGAAACAGAAUGGCAAAGGUAAAAAAGUUGAAGAGGCAGAGUCUGAAGAAUUUGUUGUGGAGAAGGUCCUGGAUAGGCGUGUUCAAAAUGGAAAGGUGGAAUACUUCUUGAAGUGGAAAGGAUUUACAGAUGCUGACAACACAUGGGAACCUGAAGAGAACUUAGAUUGUCCAGAGCUAAUUGAAGCUUUUCUGAACUCUCAGAAAGCUGGUAAAGAAAAAACAGACGGUGCCAAAAGAAAAUCUUUGUCAGAUAGCGAAUCUGAUGAUAGUAAAUCAAAGAAAAAGCGUGAUUCUGUUGAUAAACCAAGAGGGUUUGCAAGGGGUCUUGAUCCUGAGCGGAUAAUUGGGGCUACGGAUAGCAGUGGAGAGCUUAUGUUCCUCAUGAAAUGGAAAGACUCUGAUGAGGCAGAUCUGGUGCUGGCCAAAGAAGCUAACGUGAAGUGUCCUCAGAUCGUAAUUGCUUUUUAUGAAGAACGACUAACUUGGCAUUCAUGCCCAGAGGAUGAAGCACAAUAAUUGUUUGCAUUGCUUUUUUUAUAUAUAAGAAUAUUAAAACCUGAAGUUCGAUUUAUUAGCAAUGUGAGAAGCAUACAUUCUAACAAGUUUCGAAUUUGAUAUUUUUUUGAAGUAGUAUGUUUUGCAUCAACAGCAAGUAAAUAAAAGCUUUCUGCAACUUGUUUCAUUUAUCACAAGAGAGCAUUUGAUACUACUACUUCCUCCAUAUUAGGUAAAAGCUUUUAUAAAACAUGGGUGAACUUCCAUAGUUACUACAGGAUCAUAAUGAAUGUCUAAACAAACUCACAGAUGUUUUGUAGUCUUCUAUACUAUUGAUGUGCAUGUAUAUUCUUUACCCAGACCUAGACCUUUAAACCUGUAGGGUCAUUCUUUUUAGUAUUUGGGAUCGCUUGGUCUUCAGAAGACUAGGUGAAAACUAACUUUGUAGUAAUUUGAAUGUUAUCAGACUGUAUAUUGUUUACUUUAUUGUAAAUACUGGUGAACAGUGGUCAAUAAAAUAGUUUUAUAUUCUUCCUUUA